AUGGCUCGCCUGCGUGUCUUAGAGUUGGCAAAGCCGUUUGUGGCUGCCAUGCCCGAAGUACAGGUCCCCUACCAGAAGGUAGACGUUCAAGAACGCGCGAUGUGGCUCGUGGCCGCUGGUAUUCUCUACAGUGUGCUGUCUGAGCUGCCGCUGUACGGCGCCGUGCGCCCGCUCACGGCGCCGGACGCUUGGGGCUGGCUCCGCCCUCUUUUAGCUGCCUCGAACGGCAGUGCUCUCGAACUGGGCGUCGUUCCAAUUGUGUUGUCCGGGUUUGUACUGCAGAUUCUGGCAUCGCGCAGAUAUCUGACCGUGAGCCUCGAUCUGCGAUCGGAUCGCGCUCUUUUCCAGAGCGCCCAGAAGCUGUUGGCCAUGUUUUUGUCCUUUUCGCUCAGCAUCCUGCUUUCAUUUUCCGGCAAGUUCGGUUCGCCUGCCGAGUUGGGCUACAAGAACUUUGCCUUCAUUCUUUUCCAGCUUUGGACCGGCGGCCUUUUCAUGAUUUUAGCAGACGAGAUUUUCUCUAAAGGUUACGGUCUCGGCACCGGUGUGAUGGCAUUCACCACCCUUUCGUCAGCCCAACGGUUUGUUUGGUGGGCUGUUUCGUUGGUUGGUGUGGAGACUGAGUCUGGAAACCAAUUCUUUGGCGCUCUGCCAAACCUCACCCACAACCUAUACUCCCGCUCUGUCAAGUACAGCUUGAUUGAUGGUGUUUUCCGCUCGUCGUUGCCCAACCUGGUCGAUAUUAUGACAGCUCUUCUUGCUUUCAUCGUCAUCGUAUACGUGUCGAUGUUUAGGUACGAGAUUCUUCUCCGAUCAACCAAAAUGAGAGGUGCCUCUACUACCUUCCCUGUGCGUCUUCUCUACGUGGGAUGCACUCCUAUUUUGUUCUGGGCUUCUCUUCUUGCUGUUUUGCGUCUUGUGUCUAGCAGCCUGUACCUGCUUGCCCCCGGAAACCCGGCCGUCAAGUUAUUGGGCACCUGGGCGAUUGAGGAGAACGCCAUGGUCGCCACUAGCGGUCUUGUUUCUUUCCUCCAGCCCCCCAACAACUCGUUCUCGGUUACCGACUCUGUUCGUGCCGUUGUGUACUUGGCGUUCACCUUGAGCGUGAUCACUAUUUUCUCGAGAUUGUGGGCCGAGGCCUCUGGCUCUGCUCCCAGCGACAUUGCCAAGCAGCUCAAAGACAACGACAUGGUCAUUGUUGGUCGUCGUGAUACUGGCGCAAUCAAAGAGCUCCGGAAGACUAUUCCUCUUGCUGCAACCACUGGUGGUGUCGUACUUGGACUUUACUUGGCUCUAUUCGACAUUCUUGGUGCAACCGGCUGGAGUGCUUGCGUUGCUAUGGGUGUAAUGAACAUUAGCUCAUUCCUUGAGCUCAUGGCCCAAGAGGGAUUCAAUCCUGCUGCACUUCAGGGCAACUAG